AUGGAUUUCGACAAUUUAUUAAAUCUGGAAGAGCAGUAUUACCAAGAAGGUUUUAGGGAAGGGCAAAAUGAGAACAUAACGCAAAACUUUCUGGAAGGCAAACAGUAUGGCUUACAAGUAGGCUUUCAAAGGUUCAUUCUUCUGGGGCAAAUGGAAGGUUUGUGCAAUGUUAUAGAAUCUUAUGGCCUACAAAAUCCCGUACUCGUAAAGAAUAUACAAACUAUUCGCACUUUAAUGAAAGAUGUAAAAAUGAACAAUGAUGAUGAAAGUGUGGUGGAGUACGAGAAGGUAUUAGUAAAGUUGAAGAACAAGUUUCGGACAGUUUUAAUAACGCUUCAACGAUUGGUUAAAAAUGAAAAGAAAAAAGGCCUGACAUUUGAAAUCUUUGAAGACGUUUCAAAGACCAUUGCUGGAGAAAUCAAGGGUUUUGUCGAAGAUGAGAAUACCGCUGAAAGAAAAAAUACGCAAGACCAGGCCCAGUCUUGGUAA